AUGGGCACCGGGAAAUGGGGCGACUAUUCCGAGUUCAUAUUUGAAGAUGCCUCCGAAACUGUGAAAUCACUGAGCCUCUGGGGAAACGGCAAGGGUACAAACCUCGGCCGAAUCAAAUUCACCACCUCGAAGGGACGUACAUUUGACUGCGGUGGCCACGGUGGGAAGACCGAGUAUCCAAUGGACGUUGUAUCUGGUCUCUGGGUCGGCAUCAGAGGAAAUUGUGGAGCCACAGUCGACAACAUGAGUGUGUUCUUCCUCACAAGAGUUGACUCCAUGAAGAUCAAAGACGUCAAAUUCAAGAACGACUCAACCGGUACUAGCCAAGGCAUCAAACCCAAAGUUCUCAAGUCAACUCAAUUUCCAUGGCAUGGAAAGCCUUAUGACUACAAAUUCGAGCGGCCUAGACUCGAAACGGAAUCUCACACUAUCAACGACCGGGACGAGAACCAGGGUGGUCAGCAAUAUAGCGAAGAGCAGGCUCUCGGAGAGGAUGAAAGCACCUAUGCUCUACUUGAGCAAGGAAACCGUCGGAGAGGCUACAAUACUUAUCGUGACGAAAAGGAGGCCACCGUAUAUGUUGACGAAGAGUCCAGCUACAGGGAUAAUUAUCAACAGCAGAAAAAUGCCUGGAGAGGAAACCGCGACGAAACCGUGUUCUGA